CAUGAACCAUAGACAAACUAAUCUAGUUUAUCUAUGGACUGAACCUAGCCUCAAUCAUUAAAAAAAGAAAAAUGCUUUUAUAUCACUAAAGUCGUGUUUACGAAAAUAUGCUAGAUAGAUUUCUUAGGAAGCGACGUACAUAGAAGUAGGGGUAUCAAAUGCAUUGCUCCAAAGUGAAAAUGGAAGUAAAUGAACCAAAAACAAUUACUGAAUAUACAGAAUUUGAGGAGGACUUCAAGAAUUAUUCAGCAAAAAUAGAAGAUGUUGAUAUUACGGAACAAUUCAUUGAUGUAAAUGGAGUUCAUGAGAGAACAGUAUACUUAGAAAAUGUUGAUGAAAAUGACUUCAGACAUUCAUCCAAGCUUAAUGGUUUCCAUGAUGAUUCUGUCCAUUUCAAUUGUAAGGAACACAAAUGUCACCUAUGCGGGUACACUACAAAUCGGAAAAAAUUAAUGAAGAAGUUUAAUUUUGCCGAGAGUCUGAAUUCUCUUUUUUAUUCUCUCACAUAUUAAUUCCACUAUGUUAUUAGAAACAUUCUAAAUUGAUAUAUUAGGAUUUCCUAGGAAGCGACGUACAAUAAAGUAGUAUCAUUGGAUUUUCCAAGGUGAGAGUAGAAGCAAAUGAAAUGGAAAAAAAUAUCAAGAAGUCAGAAUUUGGAGAAAACUUCAAAAGUAAUUUAGUAAAAGCAGAAGAUGUUGAUAUGUCCAAAAAAUGUAUUGAUGUUGAAGAAACUAACUUGGGACAUUCAUUAAAAAAUAAUGAUUAUCAUCUUCAAUCUUUCAAAACAGAAGAUUUACAACAAUUUCAUGAAGAAUCUUCUCAUUUAAAUUCAGAAAAACAUAAGUGUCACUUGUCUGAGUAUGAUACAAACCAGAAAAAUCUUCCGGGACAACAUAUAAAUUUUGUCCAUUUAAAUUUGAAGGAACAGAAGUGCCACUUUUGUGAUUUUGGUACAAAUCGUAAAUGGGAUCUCAAACAUCAUAUAGAUUCAGUUCAUUUAAAAUUAAAGGAACAUAAGUGUCACCUAUGUGAUUUUGCUACAAAUAAUAAGGGGCGUCUCUUAAAGCAUAUAAAUUCAGUCCAUUUCAAUUUGAGGGAACAUGAGUGUCACAUGUGUGAUUUUUCUGCAAAUCACAAAGUGAAUCUCAACCAACAUAUUAAUUCAGUCCAUUUCAAUUUGAAGGAACAUAAGUGUCACUUGUGUAAUUUUGCUACAAAUGAGAAAGGGAAUCUCAAACAACAUAUCAAUUCUGUUCAUUUAAAAUUGAAUGAACAUAAGUGCCACCUGUGUAAUUAUGUUGCGAAUCGUAAAGUGAAUCUUAAACAACAUAUAAAUUCAGUCCAUUUAAAUUUGAAGGAACAUAAGUGUCACUUGUGUGAUUUUGCUACAACUCGUAAGGUGAAUGUCAAACAACAUAUAGAUGCAGUUCAUUCAAAUUUGAAAGAAAAUAAAUGUCACCUGUGUGAUUUUGCUACAAAUUUGAAACGUAAUCUUAAACAACAUAUAAAUUCAGUUCAUCUGAAAUUGAAGGCACACAAGUGUCACAUGUGUGAUUAUGAUGCAAAUCAGAAAACUACUCUCAAUCAACAUAUAAACUCAGUACAUUUGAAUUUGAAGGAACAUCAAUGUCAUCUGUGUGAUUUUGCUACAAAUCGUAAAGUGAAUCUUAGAAAACAUAUAAAUUCUAUUCAUUUGAACUCGCAAUAGCAUUGUGAUUAAGUCCAUUUCAGUUUCAACAAACAGAAGAAUACAAUUCUGGAAAUAAAAUUCGAAUAGUAAAAUUUAGUGUGUAAGGAUAGAAUAUAGUUCAUUUUUCGAAAAAAUAUACAAUAGUAUUAUGAUUAGCUGUUAUUUUAUAUAAUACAAUAUUAUUCCAUAUCAGCCACCCAAAUCGUGUUUUAAGUUCUUGAGUGUUUUGUUUAGUUUUUAAAGAUCACUUUUCCUUUAUUAUUUUUAAAUGAAAUUUAAUUGAGAGGUAGAGUUAUAAAAACAAACAAAAAAUUUUUGUUAUGAUGAAUAAAGUUUGAUUUGAUCUGGGAAAACUCAAUGUUCUUGUUUGUUUGUUUUUUUAAUUUUGCUCUAUUUAUUGUGAAUUUGAUAUAGUUUAUUUAUUGAAAUGUUUUAUGUUUUUAUGGAGCAUAAAUUUUAAAAUUCUAAUAUA